AUGUUCUUUAUAGCAAUGAAUUCCAAUGGAGCGAUUGCAAGAAAGAAGCUAGAAGUCGAAGAAGUUGAUCGAAUACCAGGCCUUAAAAUUAUUCGCCCAAAGAUAUUUCCGGAUAAUCGUGGUUAUUUUGUGGAAUCAUACAAUGAACAAGAAUUGACGGCUCACGGAUUCACUGAGAAAUUCAAACAGGACAAUCAUUCUUAUUCAAAAUGUGGCGUUUUGCGUGGACUGCACAUGCAGCCAGGCAUGGGGAAAUUGGUAUCAGUGAUAAGUGGUGAAAUAUUUGAUGUGGCUGUUGAUGCAAGGCCCAAUUCGGCAACAUUCGGCAAAUGGCACGGCAUCAUUCUCGAUAGUAAGACACGCACAAAUUUUUGGAUCCCGGAUGGAUUUUUGCACGGAUUCUAUGUAUGCUUCUUUUCAUUCCUU